AUGUCGGUGGUCUAUGACAUCAUCGCCUUCACUGAAACAUGGCUGAACGACCGCACGCUUUCCAGUCAGAUUAUCAGUCCGGACUAUGCAGUCUUCCGAUGCGACCGUAGUCCAUUAAACAGCAAAAAAUCAAUCGGAGGUGGAGUGUUACUUGCUGUGAAAUCUGAACUCCCAUCUAUGCUAAUCGAAGACAACUCCUGGGAAGAUUUGGAACUUUUAUGGACCCGCAUCGACCUCGGCGACCGGAAACUUUACUUGUGCGUAGUGUACGUGCCUCCCGAUCGCUCCGGAGAUCAGGUGUUAGCUGAAUCUUUCUCGCGCUGCCUCACCAAAGUUAGCUCUAUGUGCUCCCCUGAAGAUGACAUACUCGUUAUCGGUGAUUUCAACUUGCCCGGUUUGAAAUGGUAUAGUUUAAGUACAGCGACUCUGCGUCAAAUCAACAAUAUCGAAAACGAAAACGGUCGUUUGCUCGACCUUUGCUUUGUCAACGAAGGGUUUAGAAAUCCAACAAUCGAUUUAGCUCCCGCUCCCCUUGUUAAGCCUGUCCCACAUCACCCCGCCUUAGUGAUCUCAAUCGAUGUUGCCAGGAUAUUUGCUCCCGCAGAGAAAACAAGAUCCUUGUAUCAUGAUUUCAAGAAUGCCGACUUUGUAGCAAUCUCCCUCGUUCUGGAUUCUAUCAAUUGGGAAGAUGAACUAGAUUUUUCUGAUCCUGACGCAGCUGCCGAAAAAUUUUCAAAUAUUCUCAACUACACUAUCGAUCGCCAUGUGCCAAAACGCAGCGUUGAUGGUGAUCUACGAACUCCCUGGGUUACUAGUGAACUACGGCGACAGAAAACUGCUAAAAAGUGCGCUCUCCGAAACUACAAUAAGCACAAGUGCCUCAACACGAAAGAUGAAUACCGAAAACUGAACUCUGCUUAUAAGAAAGCCAGCAAACGUUGCUACCUAGCAUAUCUGAACCGGUUACAACGAAAUUUCAAGAGCAGUCCGAAGUCGUUCUGGAAGUAUGUCAAAAGCCAGCGAAAAGAAUCCGGACUUCCGUCCCACAUGUACCUGGACGGCGAUAUUGUUAGCACUGACCCCGGAAUCUGUAAUCUGUUUGCUGAAAAAUUUUCGAGCAUUUUCACAAGCGGGUCCAUUUCUGCAGAACAACUGACCAGGGCUGCGGGUUUCCCGAAUCUGUACGACAAGUGA